GAUGCUGGCUUCUCCACUUCUUGUCCUGACUACAUGUUCUUGUUCGGGAACACGGCGAGCGUCCCCGGCUUUGAUCGAAACAGUGAGCUCCGCACCUUAUAAAGACGUGACAGCGCCUUGAACGGAGGGGACAUCAACUCACUUUCGCUUUUGCACUUUACUCUCACAUAGGUACACAUAUAGAGGAGAAUUAGCACCACAUCGCUGUCAACCUCAUCGAUAUACCUCAAAAUGAGUGCGAAGGUCGAGAAGAUCCUCGCGUCUCUGACCUUGGAGGAGAAGGUUACACUCCUUGCUGGAAAGGACUUCUGGGAGACCGUACCCAUCCCAGACAAGGGUGUGCCGGCCAUCAAGACCAGCGAUGGACCCAACGGCGCACGAGGCGAAGUCUUCGCCGGGGGAACACGCGCUGCAUGCUUCCCGGCUGCGGUCUGUUCUGCUGCAACAUGGAAUCCGGAGUUCGCCCACCGGAUAGGUAAUGCGCUGGCAGAAGAGACAAAGACCAAGGGCGCACGAGUUUUACUUGCCCCGACAAUGUGCUGCCACAGGCACCCGCUCGGUGGCCGCAACUUUGAGAGUUUCUCUGAAGAUCCUUUCCUCACAGGCAAAAUGGCUACCAACGUUGUCAACGGCCUGCAAGAAAAAGGUAUUGCGGCGACAAUUAAGCACUUUGCAGCCAACGAGCAGGAGACUGAGCGUCUCCUCGUUGAUGAGGUCAUCUCUGAGCGUGUUCUGCGAGAGAUCUACCUCAAGCCAUUUGAGAUGGUUAUCAAGGACGCCAAACCUCAUGCGGUAAUGACUGCUUACAACAAGGUCAACGGAACUCACGCGGACUCCAACACUUUCCUUCUGAAGCAAGUCCUACGAGGGGAAUGGGGCUGGGACGGCCUUGUCAUGAGCGACUGGGGAGGCACGAACUCCACAGCUGACUCGUUGAACGCUGGGCUGGACCUCGAAAUGCCUGGUCCUACAAGAUGGCGAAAAAAGGAGGCUGUUCUGAAAGCUGUCAAGGACGGCGAAGUAUCAGAGCAAACAAUCACCGAUCGCGCCCGAGCAGUACUGAGACUGAUCGAGCAGGUCGGAGCGUUCGAGAACCCUGAGAUACCCCCUGAACAGUCUAUUGUCAACCCAGCCCACAGCAAGCUCAUUCGAGAUGUUGGUGGUCAGGGUAUCACACUCCUCAAGAACGAGGGUGCGAUUCUGCCAUUGUCGAAGGAGAAGGUCAAGGGCAAGACGAUCGGUCUUUUUGGCCUGGCCAAGGAGGCGUUGAUCCACGGCGGUGGAAGUGCGGGUCUCAACGCACACUACCGCAUCUCCCCAGAGGAGGGCUUGAAGAACACAUACGGCAACGAUGUCGAGUUCAAGUUUGCACAGGGCGCCCAGACAUACCGCUUGCUACCGCCUCUUGCGAAGCACUGCAAAGAUACUCAAGGAAGCCAAGGUUGGAAAUUGGAGUUGUUCAAGGCAGGCGAAUCGAAGGCCUUGAAGACCAUCGAUGGCUUCAAGGAGUCGUCUUUCAGCCCAAUCGUCGACCCAGACGCAGCUCACAAGGAGGUCAAGCUCACCACAACCUUCACACCGACUGCGACUGGCAACCACUACCUCGGAUGCUCUGGCAUUGGUCCUACCAAAGUCAGCAUCAACGACAAGGUAGUAUUCGAGCAGAAGGACAACUCCCCAGACCCGAUGGGCUUCUUACUUGGUGGAAACCCGGAAAAAGAGUUCACUCAUGCUUUCAAGCAGGGCGAGACCUACAAGGUCGAGAUCCACAGUCUGCCUCCAGUUGGCGGCUCCGACUGGGGUAUCCUUGCCGGUCUCCCCGGAUUCAGGAUGGGCCUCAUGCUGGAGGAGGAGCACAACCUAGAUCUCCUCACACAGGCGAAGAACCUUGCCAAGGAAGUCGAUUACGCUAUUGUCUUCACUGGACACACUCCCGCCUGGGAGACCGAAGGUCAAGAUCAACAGAGCUUCAGCCUUCCUCGUGAUGGAUCGCAGGAUGCUCUUGUCGACGCUGUCGCAUCGCUUAACCGCAACACCAUCGUGGUAAACUCGACCGGUGUUGCUGUCGCAAUGCCCUGGCUGAACAAGAUCUCCGCCCUCGUCCAGGCCUGGUUCCCUGGCCAAGAAGCCGGUAACGCUAUCGCUGACAUCAUCUCCGGCGCUGUAAACCCCUCUGGCAGGCUCCCCGUCUCGUUCCCGAAGCGCGUCGAAGACGCACCCGCCCACGGGAACUUCCCCGGCGAGAAGAAGGGCGACCAGCUUACCGUCAAGUACGAGGAGGGCGUCUUCGUCGGCUACCGCCACUACGACCGCGUCUCCCAGGACAAGAUCCAAUUCCCCUUCGGCUUUGGCCUGUCGUACACCACCUUCGCUCUCGGCAACGGCAAGGUCGCACAGUCCUCUGCAGGGACCUUCACCGCCACCGUCUCGGCAAAGAACACCGGCAAUCUCGCCGGCGCCACCGUCGUCCAGCUCUACGCCGGCCGCAAAAACGCCUCCGCCGACCACCCCGUCAAGACCCUCGCUGCGUUCAAACGAGUGCACCUCGAGGCCGGCGAGGAGAAGACAAUCGAGCUCCCUGUCUCACUCAGGGACAUUGCGUACUUCGACGAGGCUUCCAAGGGCUGGAAGGUCGAGCGCGGACAGUACGAGUUCUCGUUCGGUCAGUCGACGGCGCAUAUUGAUAGCGUCGCAACUGUGGAUAUUGAGGGUACUCGCGAGCUGAAGUUGUAAUCGCGGCAUUGUUGGCGAACAGUACUGUAAGCGAAUGGUAUCGUGAGUAAAGUAGAUAAACGGCCUAAAGAGUUAAUGAAAUCUAAUGAGACCUGUUACAAUCACC